AUGGCCUACCGGGAGUCUUCCCGCGUGUAUCUAGACGACCCCGUCGAUGAUGAAGUCUACCGCUCUCCCACUAUCCGGCGCUACAAGGUAAAUUCCGGCCGCGCCGGACCUGUUGAUGACGACGACGACCGCCCGUCCCAUUACUCGGGCCGCCAUGGUCGCGAUCUCCUUGACACUCGAGAGACUCGCGAGCUAGACCGACCCCGCUCGGCUUACGACAAUCGUGGAGGAGAACACGAGUAUCCUUACCGCCCCCGAGAUCGUGAUCGCGACGUCUAUCGGGAUUCUCGCUACUACUAUGAGAAGGAAGUGGAGCGCGAGCCCUAUUCCCCGCGCGACUGGGAUCGCCGCUCGCAGGCUGCCCGUGACCGCGACCGCGACCGCGACGAGGACCGAGGCCGACCGCGGGAACGAGACCCUUCCGUUCCUGACCCACCGCAGGAAACGGAACCGGAUGUUCGCCUGGAGAAACGCGUUGAGCACCGCGAAGAUGGCGAUGUCAUAGUUGAGAAACGUUACGAAGAGCGCCGCGAGGACUGCCCUGGUCCCGAGAUUGAGCGAUACCGCAAAGAGACCGAGUAUUAUGCUCCUUUGAGUCCGCCCCCCAUUCCUCAGCCCCCGAUUGUCAUCCGACAACCUGCCCCGGAACCUCAGAAGAUCAUAAUUCAGGAUCCACCCACUCCGUCCCCGGUCGUCGUUAACCGCGAGAAUCCUGGUGUCAUGGUUGUCCGAGAGCGAGAUCAUGCCCGCGAACUGGCCCGCCGAGACCCCCGGGACGACGAUUAUUACUACCGCCGCGACUCCAAGGAAGUAGGGGCCUAUCAUCGUGAUGAUGAAUAUUAUAGGGACCGUCGCGGCCGUCAUCGUGACUACCGAGACUACCCCAGUGACGAUGAGGAGUAUUGGUACCGACGCAAGACCAUUGUUCGGGACCGUACUCCUAGUCCCGAACACCAACGUCGCCACUUGGCCGGCGGUGCCCUCGCCGGCGCCGGCGUCGCCGCACUGCUGGCUAGCAGAAAAGACAGGCAUGGCGAGGUCGCUCCCAACCGAGGAAGCAAGGUACUCGCCGGCGCUGCUCUCGGUGCCCUCGGCUCAGAGGGGAUCAGACGAGCUCGCAGCGCCUAUCAGGAACGCUGGGGCUCUCGAUCCCGCUCCCGCUCCCGCUCCCGUCAUCGGGGCGAGGGCGGUAUCGACAGACUCGACGACCGCUUUGGCCGAGGGAGGCGUAGGUCUCGCUCCCGCUCUCGCUCCCGCUCUUCGUCUCGCUCUAAAUUGAAGACGGGCCUGGGCGUCGCUGCCGCCGCUCUGGCCAUUGCCGGUGCCGCCAAGUACUACCAAGACCACAAAGUCAAGAAGGAAGAGGCCGGCAGAGGCAGGAGCCGUACCCGGUAUUCGGACCGUGGGUAUUCCUCCUCACGUUCGCGGAGCAACGAUCGCGACAGAAAGCGCAGCCGAAGCAAGUCCAUCGCCAGGGUCGCAGCGGCCACGGCCGCAACUACGGGCUUGGUUCAACAUUUCCGCAGCAAGUCCAAAGGAAGAUCGCGGUCCAAGUCGAGAAUCCGUCAGGGUGCGGAGGUGGUAGCCGCCGGCCUCGCCGGAGGGGCGGCCACCAAGCUCUAUCAAAAGCGGAAGGACAGGAAAGAAGAAGGCGAGGAACGGGAGCUCAGCGACGAAGAAUACGAGAAGGAGCUGCGGCGGCGCGAACGCUCCAGGUCCCGCCGCCGCCGAUCCCGUAGCAGGUCCGAGGCCAGAUCUCUCCAUGGGGAGCCAACCCCUGCUGAUCGCGAGCUAGGAUUAGUUGAAUACGGGAAAGACCCGCUCCCUCCGUCACGGCCUCCGUAUCCCCCCUCUGACUACGACUACGAGUCGGCCGACGAACGACAACGGCGUCGACAUCGCCGACGCCGUUCUCACGACCAGUCAGAUGCAUCCGACGAUGGCGGCAAGGGCCGCAGCCGCAGCCGGUUGAGGAACAUGGCCGCAGCCGCUGUAGGCACCGGGGCGGCGGCUAUAGGCAUCAAGGAAUACAAGAGAAGGAAGGAGAGGGAGAAGGAGGCCGAGGAAGAUGCGGAGCGUCGGGGGAAAGGGAGACAAAGGGAUCCGUCCGUGGACACGGACUACGCAAGAGAUCGAGAUCGAUCACGGCGACGUCGGGACAGGGACCGAAGACGUUACGAGGAUGAGGCCAAUCAAAACCCGUACUAUGACGAUUAUGGCCAUCCUCCAUCCCCUCCUCAUGCUUCCGGGGGAGCCUACUAUCCGCCGCCGCCGCCACCAUCACAGGGUGGCCCCGGUUACCCCCCGCUGAACCACAACGUCAACCCUGACUAUGCGAGCAUGCCCGGCCAUGAUCCGUACCCAUCAUACCAUCCGCAAGACUAUGGUGGGUAUCCCCCGCCGGGACCUCCGCCGACCGCCUCUGGAGGUGCCGGGGGCUUCCCGCCGCCUACCCCUGGUGGGCCGCCCGCUGGACCCGGGCCGGCGGGCCCGGCCGGUGGCAGACUCGGGCCUGACCAAGUGAGUGAUGAAACAUCCCGCACCACUCCAGUACAAGAAGAUGCCAGAGUCCGAGACGCGCCACCGCCAGUUGCUACGGGCAAUGAUGGUCUAGCACGGAGGCGGCUAAACGGCCAACUACACCAUCGUUCCGAGUCCGCACCAUCUGAGUCGACAAGAGGACUCAGGUUGCCACCCCCGCCUCUCGCUACCACAAAGUCCGUGAGCUGGGGACCUUUGUCGCCCAAGUCGGCUGCUACUCUCGAGUUCCAUCACCAACAGCAACAGCAACAGGAGCACGAGGAGGAGGAGGCCGCCGAGGACACAUCCCGCUUUCAGCCACCGGCUCUCACUGAAGCGCAACUGGCCACCCUCCGGACGGCCCCUACGCACCGCCGAACCUCGGACCCGUCGUCCAACCGACCGGUCGUCCGACGCCGCCACGCAUCUGAUAGUUCCCUGGACGAUGACAGUGACGACGGGGUGGAGGUCCUCCCUGAUCGGUUUGAUUCGCAGGGGCGACCUCUCGACGGCACAUGGUACUCGACACACCCUCCAAGGGUACGCCGAGGCAGCUUCGAGUAUCGCCCACGGCAUCCAGGGGACUGGGACGUGCGCGGGACAUGGGGCGUGGCAGGUACGGAUAACGAUGUGAUACAGAGGCUAGCAAGCGAUAUGGAAGGGCUGCUUUCGGGACGGAAACACUGGGCGGACGUUAUUCGGGAUGUGAUUGAAGAGGCGGCGGCGGCGGAAGACCAGAUGAUGGAAGGCGACUCCAGAAGUGCAGUCGAGAUACCUGUGACCAGUCGAUUUCCCGAGGACCAAGGUAUCGAUCGGAUGGGAGGCAGUAUGCAGUGUGAAUCCUGGGCAGAAGACAGGGGUACUUGUUCGACGUAUACGUUCGACAUCCUAUUGCGGGGCAAGAGUCGUACCUCUCCAAGGCACCUGGACAUUGACGCCACGGGGCGGGCUACCCACCACAAUGGCAUCGUCGUCUUCGAGGCAUCCCAAUAG